CUUGUAGCUGACUUCGUAGCGGUUGGUGGGUUGAUAUCAAAACAAAACAUAGUCGCAUCCGUGACGUUGUUGACAUAUUUUUUAAAAACAAAAUAUAAAACAUGUCACAAAUUUCAUAGUUUUUGAAAAAAACUAAAUUUCAGUGUAACUGGACCGUUCCAAGCGUAUUUGAUACUCGAAAUUUUUGUUUGGAGAGUUACACUAAGAUAAUUUAAAUGGACGGGUCUACAGUGGACCACAGCGAUUCAGAUUCUGGAGAGAGUUGGACUCUUUUGGAACAUAGCCCUGCAUAUGAAGAUGAUGCUCCAGAAUUUUCUGAAAAUGUGUUACCUGAACAAGCUAUUAAUGAUGCACAUCUUGAUAAAGAUGAUGACACAGAUGGAAUAUCUGUCAUCAGUGACAGUGAACCCGAAUCAUCAACACCUAGUGAAAUGAAUUAUGAGAAAUGUGUUAAAGAUGAGAACCGUCCUACUGAAAUAACAAAUCCAUUUAAUUCGGUUAAUCCACUUGCUCCCAAUAUUGAAAAUCACCAUGAAUCUAUAAGGUGUGAGAAUAACUUUCUUGGAGAAAAUACUGGUAAACACAAAACAUAUGUUCACAGAAGGAACAAAAGGCUCAGCACAGUACUCAAUAUUAUUAUGUUAGGGAGUGUCAUUACUGCUGCAGGAGUAGCUAUUGGACAUAUGUGGGGUGCUCGAAAUGAGUGUUCAGUGCAUACAACACCUUCAAUUAACAAAAUAUUGUCCAAUUUAUAUAAACUGCAAGAAGAGAAUGCAUAUCUCCGAAAUAAAUUAAAAGAACUUACACUUGUGAGCAGCAUACAAAUGCAGAGAAAAUUAAACGCAGAAAAGAUACCAUUUAAACAACAGAGAUGCAAAAAGAUAUACGAGGAGCCUCUCAGCAGUAAAAAUACUGAACAAAUUACAAAAUGCAUAGAUGACCAUAUCAACAUUGAAAAAAAUUUAAAUAGUCAUGUAAUACAACCAGAAUAUGAAAAGGAAUUUAUGAGUGACAUUGAGAAAUUAAAAAAUAUUUACCAGCAAAAUAAAAGUUGGUUAGAUGAUGAAGUAGCAAGAAGAAUGAAAAUUGAAGAACAAACAUUAAAAAAAAUUGUAAAUAAUAUGAAAACACCAUUAACAAGUAUAAUAGAAGAGCAAAAAGUAACACAAGAUGAAAAUCUCAAAGAGCAAACAGAUUUAAAUAGUAUUGGUGAUGCUGAACCAGUCAAAGGUGAUAAGGUGAUUCCAAAUGAACCACUCAUAGGGAAAAAGUUUACUUAUGCGGACUCAUUAAAAUCUGGACAUAAAAUCCAAAAAAGAGAUGCAAGUAGUAGCAACCAUAAGGAAACCAAAGAUCAUACCAUAAAACGAAAGAAUAAAAAAGUUAGUGAUGUGCUUUUAGACAUUUUAAGUGAAGAAGAGCUAAAAAAAGAUGAUAGAUAUGUUGGGCCUAAACUUAAACAGGACUUAAAAAAAAGGGAUAGACAAAAACUACACAAGAAACAGAAGAGAAGGAAUAAGUAUGAACAAUGGGAAAUGAAAGGAGGUUACUUGAAAGAUUAUGAUGAAUUUUCUAUAACAUCAUCUCAAGAAAAUGAGCUUGUUCUUAAAAAAACGGAUCUAGAUGUUUUUAGUCGAGAUUUUGAAAAGAAAAACAAUAUAAGACAAGUUUCGGAUAUGGAUGAUAAGCAAAAUAAAUCAAACAAUAAGAAAAGCGGAAGCAAGCUUUCGAAAUCUGACAAAACUAGUAAAAUAGUCAGAAAUGAUGAUUUAAAUUGGUUUGACAAGAGAGCUGUCCUGAGAACAGAAGCUCGGAAGAAACUGGAACGUGAACUAUUUGGUGAGACAAGUCCCAACAAUGCUGGUUGGUACUUCAGACGCAUGCAAAGGCGGGAGCAAUGCCGUGCUAAAGGCGACAACAGCACUCACAAGAAACUUUUUAGAAGGAACAUGAAUUAUAAAAUGAAACAUUAAUUCUGCAAGAUUAGAAUUAGUUCUGCAAGAUCGUUAUUUAUGAUCUAAAAUUUUAACACUUACACUUAGGUGUGUAGAAUUUAGAAUUGUUGAGUCUAAAUAAGUAACUUGACUAUUUUGAUUUCACGCUGUAACUGUCCGCGAGAAAUAUGAAAAUAUUAGAAACAGAAAAUUAUUUAAGGUCACCUUACAGCAAUAUAGUGCAUUUUAGUUGUAUUUUCCUCAGCACUAUAAAUAUGGACACAAGAAAAUUAUGGUUUUAAAGUGCACCAUAUUUUUUUAUAUUUUAUCAAGCAACCAAUUUAUUAAAAUGUAAAUUUAGUAAUUCUGAAUUGAAUUAUAAAUAACAUUUUUCGAAAAACUAUUAUAUUAGGUAUAUUUAUUCGAGUUGAUUAUGGUUCAAUUAUGUAUAUAUUAUGAAGAGUGUAUAGCUAUCAUAUUUUAUUAUACUUACCCUUAUAGACUUACAUCCCGUGAUAAUUUAAAGCAGUAUUUCAAAAUUACCAGGUAAUAAAUAUAUUUAAAAAGUUGUUUUAGUAUUUAUUUUAAUGCUUCUCAUAAAAGUAAAUAUUGACAAUGGAUUAAUAAAUCUAUAGGUAAUAAUUAUAUUCAUUGAAGUCCUAAGUUUCUUUCUUUAACAAACCAGUAAAUUGAACAUAACAAGGUAUCUAAGGUAUCUACAUAUUAAAGAAUGAGAAAAGAAAAAUACAUCACUGACAUUGUUACAAUUCAUUUCCUUGGUUUUAUAAUGUGGGUAUAAUUUAAUCAUCUCCAAUUGCUCCACUGAAGACAAGGUUUAUAGCAGCAUUAACAUCGCCUGGAAAAGGGUUACGAUUGAAUAAAAAGGCUGGCAUUAAUAUAAAUCAAUAUUUUCAUUUUGCCUUGGCCAAGGUUUUAAAAAUUAGCAUAAUUAAUAUUAGGAUAUUGGCGCGUACCUGAACAAAUAAGCAAUGCACGUAUAUUUAAAGCAUCGUCGAGCAAACCCAUUUCGUGCAUGUGGUUGAGUUGCGUUGAGAAAUCUUGACCACCUUCCCUCGCCACCGGACUUUGUGAAGAUGACGCUGUAAGAUAUAUAUUUUUUUCUCAGUUUG